AUGAAGUCAGCCUUAAAAGAAUUAGAGCUGCACCAUAAUGAAUUGGAUAAAUGGCAUAAAUACGCGUCAUUUACUCGUACCCAGGAUCAAACGACAACACAUCCUAACACGUUGUUCGAUGAUGCUGACGAUAUACAACGUCAGCUUGAUAAUGAAGCAAGAGACAAAAUCAUGCUCGGAAAGCCUAAAACUGUAUGGGUAUUUCGAUUACCAACGGAAUUUCCACAAGGCAGUACAUAUUCGUUGCCACGUUGUGCCAGAAGAUUAGUGAAUCAAAACCAAUGGCACAAGUUGUAUCCUCAAUGCGGCGGGCGGUCCCAAUCGCCAGUUGACUUGCCAGCAUUUGGACUUAUUAAAGCCAAGGGUCGCCAUCUUCGUUUUAUCAACUACGAUAAUAUUCCACGCCGUCUGACUUUAAGUAAAAAUGGCAAACAAAUUGUGUUAUACGGUGAAUGGGAAUACUGUCAUCAACCACUAGUAUAUGGUGGAGCUGCCCACAGCCGACGAUAUGUCUUCCACUCCAUGAUUCUUCACUACCACUCAGAACACAGGAUAGGAGGCCUGCAGUACCCUCUUGAAACCCAAGUACUACACAUAUCAGCAGAGUUUAGGACGCUAGAAGAAGCGUUGGCGUCAUCGUCGCGUGACCAUCAAGCAUUACUGGUUAUAGUCAACCUGUACAAGUUUAAAAAUCACACACAUCGAGGCAUAGAAGAGUUUUUGAAUGUCGCAAACAGUUCACUCGGCAUUAACACUUCAAUAACUCCACGUGAUCUCGCUUUCUUUAAUCCCCCAUUGAAAGAGUACGUCUGCUAUCAAGGAUCUUUGACAUACCCGCCCUGUACUGAAACUGUUCUCUGGCUGGUGAGAGCAAGGGCUUUGCCGGUUACAAGAGAAAUUAUCAAGAUAGCUGCCAAUUUGUUCGAAGACGAUGUUAAAGGGUCGUUUAUUCGACAACCUCAGCCUCUUAAUGAUAGGAAAGUGUUCUAUUUUAAUUAAAAGUUAAAAUUUC